AUGGAGGUGGAAUCAUUGAGAAACAAGAGUGGGAAAACAAUGGAAGAACAGCCAGGCGGUUCAGCUGCUAAUGUCUUCAAGCGUAGGCGUAGAUGCAGAAACAUCUGUUUUGGAGUGAUGGGUGUUUUGAUUUUGAUCAUAAUCCUGAUCGUGAUCUUAGCUUUAACCGUUUUCAAGGCCAAACGCCCCGUGACAACCGUCGACUCUGUCUCCUUAGCCAACCUGAGGUUUUCUCUGGAUUUAGCCAGACUCAAAGUGUCGUUAAACGCUAGCCUGGACGUGGAUCUUUCAGUCAAGAACCCAAACAAAGUUGGCUUCAAGUACACCAACUCGUCUGCACAGUUGAAUUACAGAGGUAAACAGAUAGGCGAGGUUCCAAUUCCAGCUGGUAAGAUUUCUGCGGAUAAAACGGUUCCCAUGAACUUGACACUGACUGUCAUGGCGGAUCAGUUGAUCUCAGAUUCCAAGUUCAUUUCUGAUGUUUCCGAUGGUGAAUUGCCUCUGAACACUUUUGCUAAGAUUCCAGGCAAGGUUAAUAUCUUGAAUCUGUUUAAGAUUCAUGUUGUUGCGUCCACUUCCUGCGAUUUUAUUGUCUUUUUAUCUAAUGCAAGUAUUGGGGACCAAGACUGCAAGUAUAAGACAAAAUUGUAA